AUGGAUUCUAAGCUCCUCUACCCACUUUGCCAGGCCUGGAUCGAGGUGGCGGGGCAGAUUAACUGUCCAGCUCCGCUUCCCGAGGAGCAAGAAUUCCCACUUCUAACGAAGAUGUUGUUUUCGGUGCCUUAUGACGUGCCGGAGAAGAAGGCGAGGAAAGCGGCCAAGGGGACCAAGAGUGGCCUUCGCCGGAAAGGAGCUUCAGACGUGAUGUCCGAAGACGAGACUCACUCUUCGUCCGCUGAAGACGACGAUGAAGAGGAGGAAGAAGAUGAUGACUCCCCACCUGAAGCAGUGAGGAAAAGGAGGGCGGCCUCCAAGAACCUGGAGGCAAAGGCGCCCAAAAGGGGAAAAGGCUCCCCCGUGGAUAACUCCGCGUGGGAUGUCGAUAGUAGUCCGGAGCCGCCUUCCCGGGCCAAGCCUCGAGCUAAAUCUCCAGCUCGGGACAGCUCUCCGCUAUCUUCAUCGGAAGGUUCGCUGGACCCAAAGGAGAGGGCCAGCAUGUCGCCGUCGCCCGCUUACUCCCCCUUGGCCAAGGGUGACGACGAGGAGGCGUCUCGAAGGGCCUCCUCGGACCGGGGGAAGACUCCGAAGAUCGUCAGGGCGGCGCCCCGGGAUGACUCCCGGAGCGCCGGAUACAUGGGGCAAAAAGCCCCUACGGAGACGGGCGGAUCGGGCCGAGUUCUAGUAGACCCUCAGUCGGAUUCUAUUCCGGAGACCUACGCAGCUCCGGAAUCCAGCAAACGACCCUUCCCAAAAGGAGGGGGCGUGCUACCAGUGUCCUCUGUCCAACCAGAGGCGCCGGAUCAUCUACUGGAAGCGCCGCAAGGCGCCUCCAUCAUGGAUGAGCACCGUGCCCAUAUGGGUACGGUGGUUGAAAAGGUUCGGUCCGUCAAAAAUGGGCUGACCGAAGCUUGUGCUAGCCUUCUAGUAGGCUUUGAGGCCUUGUUGCGGGCUGCUACCGCUCAAACUGCGGAGGUCUCUGGACUGAAGCAGAAACUGGAGCGGGCCGAGGAAGAGCUUGGCCGCGUGAAGAAGCAGCUGGGCCACGACCGAGGUGGUGGCCCUCAAAAAGGCGUUAGCCGAGGCAGAGGACAAAGUGGCAAGGAGCACGCUGCGCGCGAGAAGCACGAGGCCCAGGUGGGCGAGGCACAGCAACAGCUCCAGGGCGCGAUCGAGAGAUUUGAGUCCUUGGAGCGCGAUUGUAAGGCGCAAGAGUCCGAACUGGCGAAGGUCCGCCAGAGCACACAGGAUGCACAAGCCGAAGCCCAGAACGCCCUCCAAGAAAUUCAGGCGGCCAAGGAGAUUGCGGCGGCGUAUCAGAUGCCGCCGAGUAUUAUAGAGCCGAAGAAGGGAUGUCUACGGAGAAGCUAUUCUGGUCCCAAUAUCUUGGACCCGAACAUCCGGUACACUUCAGCGACCAGCUAA